ACUCGGAGUACUCCUCACUGACAUCAAUGGCAUGACGCCUGCAGUAUGAGGGAUAUAUAUCGCUCUUUCUUGCCUAUUGCUGACAACCAUCCUUCCAAAUCGUCAAAAAUCACAACUGCUUCUUCGCAAGAACAAAGCCCAUCACAAACAUGAAGGCCUCCACUAUCUCUACAACUCUGGCUGCAGUCCUUCCUGCCUUUGCCGUGCCCACCGCUCGUUCCACUGGUGACUCCUUCGGCGGUCUUGCCAUCCACUCCGGCUCCCCCAUCCACCUCUCCUCCAUCAACGCAAACGGCAACGCCUUCUGGAUCAACAAGCCAACUUCCUCCUACUGCCCCAAUACCACCGUCUCGUCCUGCCCCGAAGGCAAAUACACCUACUUCACCUCCGGCAACGACACCCUCUCCCUCAGCGUCGAAGUCCCCGGUGGUCAACGUGUUUACGUCGCUGAAGAUGGCUCUCUCGGCUACACCAUCCCUCAUGGCAGUACUGGUGGUCAAGUCGUCAAUUACACGGGCUUCAGUCUUGCGGACAACGGGAUCCAUUUGAAGUAUCUUGGUGGUGAUUUUAUUGCUGUGCCGGUUGGAGGUGCGCACAAGGUUUAUGCUGCUGCUGUUGAGGGUGUUCCUAAGAAUGGUACGAGCUUUGCAUUCAGAGUUCAGUCUGCUGAUGCUACUUAUGGUGCUUGGGAGUAUUAGAUGACAGGUUGGAGUACCG